GCCCGACCCAUGUUCCUCUCUGCGGACAAACGCACAAUUAGCUAUGCAAGCAACCGCGGCAGCCUGAUCACACUUGAACUCAAGAACUCCAACGCCGUUAGAAGUGUGCAAGAAGUUGCGAAGAUGGGUAUAGCUCAGAAAGCAGCAGGCGGAGAAGAACAAAACAAGGAGGAAAGCCCAGGCUACUGGGCCGCACUGUUAGACACACUCUCCUUCUAUGUCAUGGAAGGCGUGGAGAUUGCCGCAUUUGGUCCAUACGACGAGCCA